CCUAUCAUCCACUGUGCUGCUCCAGCCCAUAAGACGAUGGGAACCUUUAUGAGGAUCCCACUGUGGAUCCUACUACUCCUUUUGGGACAAUUAAAUGCCCAAGUGGAGUAUGCAGAGUAUUCUGAUGGUGAGACCGAGACAGUACAAGAGACUUCAGUAGAAGAAACUUCAGUAGAAGAGACUGUUGAUUACAAUGGUGAUGAUACCAAACAAGGACAGCAGCAGCUACAUCAACAGCAGCAACAGCACCAGCAGCAGCAACAACAGCAGCAACAGCAGCAGCAGCAACAAAAGCAGGAGCAUCAAAGCAUUUUGACAAGUCCUCCAAGAAUUUCAUUGAUCACCUUGACUGCAAAAAGCCCUGUGGUGAAGGCUGUCAACAUAGCUCACAAUAACAGGGUGUGUAGCACCUGGGGGAACUUCCACUUCAAGAACUUUGAUGGGGAUAUCUUCCACUUCCCGGGCACCUGCAACUAUGUUUAUGCAUCGAACUGCAAGAGUACAUAUGAAGAUUUCAACAUUCAGAUACGGCGCAGUAUUGUGAACAAUUCACCAGUCAUCGAAAAGAUCUCAAUGAAACUUGAUGGACUUAUAGUGCAGAUAAACAAGAAUACUGUCUCAGUCAAUGGAAAUGGAGUCCAGCUGCCUUUCAGUGGUUCUGGGGUUCAAAUUGAGAAACAUGGAGUAUAUCUCACGGUGACCUCUAAACUUGGUCUAGUGUUCAUGUGGAAUGAUGAUAAUAGUUUACUGUUGGAACUGGAUGAAAAGUUUGCCAACCAGACCUGUGGCUUGUGUGGUGACUUCAAUGGUAUCUCAAUCCACAAUGAAUUCAUUUCCAAUGGAGUCCAGAUCACAGAAUCCCAGUUCGGAAACUUGCAGAAGUUAGAUGGACCCACAGAACAGUGCCAAGAUGUCCCACCUACACCCAAGAGCAACUGCACAGAUUAUGAGAACAUCUGUGAGUCGAUCCUUCUGGGUUCAACCUUCACAAAAUGCCAUUCCUUGGUGGGUGUUGAGCAAUAUAUUGAAGCUUGUGUGCAAGAUCUAUGUCGCUGUGAUAGCAACACUACUGCACAGUGCAUGUGUGACAUAAUUGCUGAGUACUCAAGGCAGUGUGCCCAUGCAGGAGGUCAACCAGAGAACUGGAGAACUAAAGAUCUUUGCCCCACAACAUGCCCUUUCAACAUGCAAUACCAGGAAUGUGGAUCCCCUUGUGCUGACUCCUGUACCAACCCAGAGAGGAGUGUCCUCUGUGAUAACCACUGUUUAGAAGGUUGCUACUGUCCUCCAGGAACGGUAUUUGAUGACAUAAACAACUCUGGCUGUGUCCCACUUGAAAAGUGCUCUUGUACCUUCAACAGUAACAGCUAUGCUGCUGGAACAUCUUACGCUACAGCUUGUAGUACUUGCAUCUGCUCAGCUGGAAAGUGGAACUGUCAGAACAUUCCUUGUCCGGCAACCUGUUCCAUAGAUGGAGGAUCUCACAUUACUACUUAUGACCAAAAUCAUUUCAACAUACAUGGAGACUGCAACUAUGUGUUGACCAAAGAUUGCAGUAGUGAUUCCUUCACAAUACUAACAGAGCUUCGUAAAUGCGGACUGACGGAGAGUGAGACUUGCCUUAAGAGUACCACCAUGAUCCUUAAUGGAGGAGAAACUAUUGUAGUAAUCAAGCCUUGUGGCAGUGUGUUUGUGAACAGCAUCUAUACCCGGCUACCGGUAUCUGCAGCCAAUGUCACCAUUUUCAGACCAUCUUCCUUCUACAUUGUUGUUCAAACUCAACUGGGAGUCCAACUAGUGGCUCAGCUCACUCCGUUCAUGCAGGUGUAUGUGGUCCUAAACCCCUCUAUGAAGGGCUUGACAUGCGGUCUCUGUGGUAACUACAAUGACAAGCAGACCGAUGACUUCCAGACCAUCAAUGGUGUAAUUGAAGGGACUCCAGCAUCAUUUGCCAACACCUGGAAGACCCAAGCAGACUGUUCUAAUGUUAAGAAUGUCUAUGAAGACCCUUGUGCCCUCAGUGUGGAAAAUGAGAACUAUGCCAAACAUUGGUGUGGUCUUAUAUCUGAUACUGAUGGCCCAUUUGCUUCAUGCCAUGCGACAGUCAAUCCUGAAGUCUACAAACAGAACUGCAUGUUUGACACCUGUAACUGUGAGAAAAGCGAGGACUGCAUGUGUGCUUCCUUAUCAUCUUAUGUCCGAGCCUGCGCUUCCAAAGGGGUCAUACUGACUGGCUGGAGAAGCACCGUAUGCUCUAAAUACAUGAACACCUGUCCAAAAACUUUGACCUACACCUACUCUGUGAGCACCUGCCAGUCCACUUGCCGCUCCCUCAGUGAGCCUGAUAUCACAUGCGAUAUUAAGUUUGCCCCUGUUGAUGGGUGCACCUGUGCCAAGGACUUCUACUUGGAUGACAGUGGCAAAUGUGUCCCCGCGGCUGCCUGUCCAUGUUAUUACCGGGGAUCUGCCGUACCUUCUGGAGAAGUUGUACAUGAUAAUGGAAUCAUGUGCACCUGCACUCAGGGAAAACUAAGUUGUAUCGGAACUGUUCAACCAGCAUGCACAGCUCCAAUGGUUUAUUUGGACUGCAAGAAUGCCUCAGUGGGCACCAAGGGUGCAGAGUGCCAGAAGAGUUGCCAGACUUUGGAUAUGGCCUGUUACAGUGCAAAAUGCAUAUCUGGCUGUGUGUGCCCUCAGGGGCUGGUCUCAGAUGGUAAAGGUGGCUGCAUUGCUGAAGAGCAGUGUCCGUGCAUUCAUAACGAUGCCAGUUAUCAGCCAGGGGAGCAGAUUAAAGUGAAAUGCAAUAGUUGUACUUGCAAGGACCGAAUGUGGAAAUGUACCAACAACCCAUGCCUUGCCACCUGUGCUGUGUACGGUGAUGGACAUUAUAUUACCUUUGACGGCAAACGUUACAGCUUUAAUGGAGAUUGUGAAUAUACUCUUGCGCAGGACCACUGUGGUCAGGGAGCAAACGGUAGCACCUUCAGAGUCAUUACUGAGAACAUCCCAUGUGGCACCACUGGAACCACAUGUUCUAAAAGCAUCAAGGUCUUCCUAGGGAGCUACGAAAUUAUUCUCACAGAUGAGCACAUUGAAGUGGUACAGAGGGGCAUUGGAGGAGUGGUUCCAUACCAUGUCAGACAUAUGGGUAUCUACCUCGUAAUUGAGGGUGACAAUGGACUAAUCCUGAUGUGGGACAGAAAGACCAGCAUCUUUAUUAAGCUCAGUCAAGAUUUUGAGGGAAAAGUUUGUGGCCUGUGUGGUGAUUAUGAUGGAAAUGGGAACAAUGACUUUACUACAAGGAGUCAGUCAGUGGUAGGAGAUGUUACUGAAUUUGGCAACAGCUGGAAACUAUCAUCAACAUGUCCAGAUGCCAAGCAACCUGGUGAUGCCUGCAGUGCUAACCCAUAUCGGAAAUCCUGGGCACAGAAACAAUGCAGCAUAAUCAACAGCAAAGCCUUUUCCUACUGCCAUGCUCAGGUUGAUCCAUCCAAGUACUACGAUGCUUGUGUCACUGACUCUUGUGCUUGUGACUCUGGAGGUGACUGCGAGUGUUUCUGUACAGCCGUCGCUGCCUAUGCCCAGGCCUGUGGAGAAUCUGGCAUCUGUGUUUCCUGGAGAACCCCAAAUAUCUGUCCUCUGUUCUGUGAUUACUACAACCCUGAAGGAGAAUGUGAGUGGCACUACAAGCCCUGUGGAGCUCCUUGUUUGAAGACCUGCAGGAACCCAAGUGGGAAAUGUCUGCAUGAGUUAUCAGGCUUAGAAGGAUGUUAUCCAAGCUGUCCAGCCGAAAAGCCCUUGUUUGAUGAGGAUGAAUUGGAGUGCGUAGCUCAGUGCGGUUGCUAUGACAAUGAAGACAAUCAUUACAAAGUUGGGGAACUCGUACCUACAAGUGAAACCUGUACAACAUGUGCAUGCAGCUUGUCAGGAGUAGUUUGCAAAUAUCAAAAAGAAGCUUGUUAUUGUGAAUAUCAGGAUAAAUUAUACAGUUACAAUGAUGUUGUUUACAACACCACGGAUGGCAUUGGGGGCUGUUUCUUUGCUAUCUGCAAGGAGAAUGGCACAAUUUACAGAGAUUAUUACCCCUGCCCUAUUACUGCAACAACACCAUUUACCUUUACCACAACACAACCCACUGCUACGAAAGGAACAACAAUACCUCUUCCUACAACAAUCUGUGUUAAAGAGGUGUGCACGUGGUCCCAGUGGUUUGAUGUCAGUUAUCCUGAAGUAGGCAUGGAGAAUGGCGAUUUUGACACGUAUGAGAAUAUAAAAUCAAAAGGAUUUUCCAUCUGUAGCCAUCCAGCAGACUUAGAAUGCAGAGCUGAAAGGUUCCCUGAAACACCACUAGCAGAGCUUGAGCAGAACGUACAAUGUAAUGCAUCAUUUGGACUAAUCUGCCUAAACAAAGAUCAGUUACCACCUAUUUGCUACAAUUAUCAGAUCAGAAUCCAGUGCUGUAGCUUUGAAAGUUGUGAAGUCAAAACACCAGCAACAACUACUGUAUCCACAGAAACUACUACUGUUAGCACCACAGCACCUACAACCACAAAAGAAAUACCUACAACUACACAGCCAACUACUCCAAUAGAGACAACACAUCCUACAACACCAUCUACAACCACAAAAGAAACACCUACAACAACACAACCAACAACUCCAACAACCUGUGUUAAAGAGGUGUGCACAUGGUCCCAGUGGUUUGAUGUUAGUUAUCCUGAAGUAGGUAUGGAGAAUGGAGAUUUUGAUACAUAUGAGAAUAUAAAAUCCAAAGGAUAUAACAUCUGUAACUAUCCAGCAGAAAUAGAAUGCAGAGCUGAAAGGUUCCCUGACACACCACUAGCAGAGCUUGAGCAGAACGUACAAUGUAAUGCAUCAUUUGGACUAAUUUGCCUGAACAAAGAACAGUUACCACCUAUUUGCUACAAUUAUCAGAUCAGAAUCCAGUGCUGUAGCUUUGAAAGUUGUGAAGUCAAAACACCAGCAACAACCACUGUAUCCACAGAAACUACUACUGUUAGCACCACAGCACCUACAACCACUAAAGAAACACCUACAACCACACAGCCAACAACUCCAGUAGAGACAACACAUCCUACAACACACUCUACAACCACAGUGACCACAAAGUCUCCUACAACCACUCCUGCUAGUACAACUACAUCAAGCACACCAACUACAUCAAUCUGUCAACCAAAAUGUACAUGGACAUCAUGGAUUGAUGUUCAUGUACCAAGUGUGGGUAAGGAUGAAGGUGAUUUUGAGACAUAUGAAAAUAUCCGAGCAGAAGGAAUAAAAGUUUGUUCAAAACCUGAUGGUAUUCAAUGCAGAGCUGAAAAAUUCCCUAAAGUACCAAUUGGUCGAAUUGGGCAAGUUGUUCAGUGUAAUCUUACUAUUGGUCUUAUUUGCAACAAUGAAGAUCAGGAAGGAGACUUCAAAGUAUGUCUCAACUACCAAGUGAAAGUUCUUUGCUGUGAUGAUUACAGUCACUGUGAACAACAAUCAACAACCACAGAAACAACAAUUAUUUCGACAGCACCAGAAACAACUACUCCAUCCACCACUACUCCAGCAACAACUACACCAGAGACUACACCAAUCCAAGAAACAACUUCUAUAUUUUCAACCGUUCCAGAGACAACUAUAAUUCCUGAUACAACUACCACUAUCACAACUACUCCUGAAACCACAACCACCUCAACAACUACCCCAGAAACCACAACCACCUCAACAACACCAGAAACAACCACAACUACUCCUUUAACUACAACCACCUCAACUACCCCUGAAACCACAACCACCUCAACAACUACCCCUGAAACCACAACCACCUCAACAACUACCCCUGAAACAACAACCCCAACAACACCAGAGACAACAACAACUGCCACUACCACAACUACUCCUUUAACAACACCCAUCUCAACUACAAUUUCAACAACAACACCAGAGACAACCACAACACCAGAAACAACUACACCUGAAACCACAACUACUCCUCUAACUACAACCACCUCAACUACCCCUGAAACCACAACCACUUCAACAACUACCCCUGAAACCACAACCACCUCAACAACUACCCCUGAAACAACAACCCCAACAACACCAGAGACAACAACAACUGCCACUACCACAACUACUCCUUUAACAACACCCAUCUCAACUACAAUUUCAACAACAACACCAGAGACAACCACAACACCAGAAACAACUACACCUGCAACCACAACUACUCCUCUAACUACAACCACCUCAACUACCCCUGAAACCACAACCACCUCAACAACUACACCUGAAACCACAACCACCUCAACAACACCAGAGACAACCACAACUGCCACUACCACAACUACUCCUUUAACUACAACCACAACCACCUCAACUACUAUUUCCAUCACAACACCAGAGACAACUACAACAUCAGAAACAACAAGUGCUUUUAUAUCAAAAGAAAGAACAGCUACACCUCCAAAAACAACCACUGAAUCUACAACUGAAGUAGUAGUAGUAACUAAAACAUUUACAACUGCAAAACCCACAUCAUCUCAACAUGAGAUCUGUCAACCUCAGUGCAAGUGGACAACAUGGAUUGAUGUUGAUACUCCAACAUCUGGCUUAAAUGGAGGAGACAAAGAAACCUUUGAGAACAUAAUCGCUAAAGGGAGACCUAUCUGCAAGAAACCACAAAACAUUGAAUGCAGAGCUGAAGAUUUCCCUGGCAUCAGCAUUGGUAAUGUUGGCCAGAUUGUUAAAUGUGAUGUCACUAUUGGCUUAGUGUGCAACAACAAGGAUCAAGUUGGAAAAGUAAAACAAUGCUAUAAUUACCAGAUAAAAGUUUUAUGUUGUGAUGACAGUCAUUGUAGCACAGCUCCUCCACAAACAACAUCUACUACAAUUUCAUCAACAACCCCAGUUAUAACAACUACAGAAAAACCAACUACUAGCAAAGUAAUUCUAACUACUCCAACACCAACAACAACUGAAUCCACAACCACUACCACUAUACCUACAACAACUGAAUCCACAACCACCAUACCUACAACAACUGAAUCCACAACCACAGCCACCAUACCUACAACUAUAGAAACAAUUACAACUGAAACUCCCAAAACAACAACAGAAACUACAACUUCAACUACAGAAAUUGUUACAACCUCUCCUACAACUCCUAAAGCAACAACAGAAACUACAACUUCAACUACACAAAUUGUAAAAACAUCCUCUACAACAUCCCAACCUGAGCCCUGCCAACCUCAGUGCAAGUGGACAACAUGGAUUGAUGUUGAUACUCCAACAUCUGGCUUAAAUGGAGGAGACAAAGAAACCUUUGAGAACAUAAUAGCUAAAGGGAGACCUAUCUGCAAGAAGCCACAAAACAUUGAAUGCAGAGCUGAAGAUUUCCCUGGCAUCAGCAUUGGUAAUGUUGGCCAGAUUGUUAAAUGUGAUGUCACUAUUGGCUUAGUGUGCAACAACAAGGAUCAAGUUGGAAAAGUAAAACAAUGCUAUAAUUACCAGAUAAAAGUUUUAUGUUGUGAUGACAGUCAUUGUAGCACAGCUCCUCCACAAACAACAUCUACUACAAUUUCAACAACAACCCCAGUUAUAACAACUACAGAAAAACCAACUACUAGCAAAGUAAUUCUAACUACUCCAACACCAACAACAACUGAAUCCACAACCACCAUACCUACAACAACUGAAUCCACAACCACCAUACCUACAACAACUGAAUCCACAACCACAGCCACCAUACCUACAACUAUAGAAACAAUUACAACUGAAACUCCCAAAACAACAACUUCAACUACAGCUUCAACUACAGAAAUUGUUACAACCUCUCCUACAACUCCUAAAGCAACAACAGAAACUACAACUUCAACUACACAAAUUGUAAAAACAUCCUCUACAACAUCCCAACCAGAGCCCUGCCAACCUCAGUGCAAGUGGACAACAUGGAUUGAUGUUGAUACUCCAACAUCGGGCUUAAAUGGAGGAGACAAAGAAACCUUUGAGAAUAUAAUAGCUAAAGGGAGACAUAUCUGCAAGAACCCACAAAACAUUGAAUGCAGAGCUGAAGAUUUCCCUGGCAUCAGCAUUGGUAAUGUUGGCCAGAUUGUUCAAUGUGAUGUUACUAUUGGCUUAGUGUGCAACAACAAGGAUCAAGUUGGUAAAGUAAAACUGUGCUAUAAUUACCAGAUAAAAGUUUUAUGUUGUGAUGACAGUCAUUGUAGCACAGCUCCUCCACAAACAACAUCUACUACAAUUUCAACAACAACCUCAGUUAUAACAACUACAGAAAAACCAACUACUACCAAAGUAAUUAUAACUACUCCAACACCAACAACAACUGAAUCCACAACCACCAUACCUACAACAAUUAAACUGACUACCACAGAAAGUACAACACCAGUUGUAAUAAUAACCACACCAGAGGAAACUACUACAGAAUCUACACCACCAGCUUCAACAGCAUGUCAACCAAAAUGUAAAUGGUCACCAUGGUUUGAUACAGACCAUCCAUCAUCUGGAAUUGGUGGUGGAGAUUAUGAGACCUAUAAAAAUAUUAUUGCAGCAGGGGGGUCUAUCUGUAAGAAACCUUCAGAUAUCCAGUGUCGGGCAGUGAAUUUCCCUGGUGUCAGUAUUGAUAAACUUGAUCAAGAUGUUACAUGUAAUGUCCACUAUGGUCUUGUUUGCAAAAAUGAAGAACAAAAGAAAGAAUGGGAUAUGUGUUAUAAUUACGAGAUAAGAGUACAAUGCUGUGAUGAUUAUAGUCAUUGUGAAGCCCCCACUACCACUUCAGCUGUAACAACAUCAGUUCAAACAACUACUACAGAAACAACAACAAAGCCAGUCACAACAACAACAAAAGAGAUCAUCACCACAACAGUGCCAACAACUACUACGGAAACAACAACCAAGCCUGUCACAACAACAACAAAAGAAAUCAUCACCACAACAGUGCCAACAAAUACUACUACAGAAACAACAACCAAGCCUGUGACAACAACAAAAGAGAUUAUCACCACAACAGUUCCAACAACUACUACAGAAACAACAACCAAACCUAUCACAACAACAACAAAAGAGAUCAUCACCACAACAGUUCCAACAACUACUACAGAAAAAACAACUGAGCCAGUCACAACAACAACAAAAGAGAUCAUCACCACAACAGUGCCAACAACUACUACAGAAACAACAACCAAGCCAGUCACAACAACAACAAAAGAGAUCACCACCACAACAGUUCCAACAACUACUACAGAAACAACAACCAAGCCAGUCACAACAACAACAAAAGAGAUCAUCACCACAACAAUUCCAACAACUACUACAGAAACAACAACCAAGCCAGUCACAACAACAACAAAAGAAAUCACCACAACAAUUCCAACAACUACAACAGAAACAACAACCAAGCCAGUCACAACAACAACAAAAGAAAUCACCACAACAGUGCCAACAACUACUUCAGAAACAACAACCAAGCCAGUCACAACAACAACAAAAGAGAUCACCACAACAGUGCCAACAACUACUACAGAAACAACAACCAAGCCAGUCACAACAACAACAAAAGAGAUCACCACCACUACAGUUCCAACAACUACUACAGAAACAACAACCAAGCCAGUGACAACAACAAAAGAGAUCAUCACCACAACAAUUCCAACAACUACUACAGAAACAACAACCAAGCUAGUCACAACAACAACAAAAGAGAUCAUCACCACAGCAGUGCCAACAACUACUUCAGAAACAACAACCAAGCCAGUCACAACAACAACAACAAAAGAGAUCAUCACCACAACAGUGCCAACAACUACUACAGAAACAACAACCAAGCCAGUCACAACAACAACAAAAGAGAUCAUCACCACAACAGUGCCAACAACUACUACAGAAACAACAACCAAGCCAGUCACAACAACAACAAAAGAGAUCAUCACCACAACAGUGCCAACAACUACUUCAAAAACCACUACCAAGCCCACCACAACCACCAAACCUACUACAGAAAAACAGACUACUGAGCGAUGUUUCUGUCAUGUAGAUAACAAAUUAUUCUUACCAGGAGAAGUCAUUUACAACAAAACCGAUGAAGCUGGUUGCUAUUUCUAUGCAGUCUGUAAUGACUUUUGUGAGGCUGAAAGGUUCACUGGAUCUUGUAUUCACACCACUCCAGCAACAACCACCACACCUGAAACUACAACAUCAACUAAGCUCAAAACAACUACACCUGAGACCACAACAACCACACCUGAAACUACAACAACCACUAAGCCCACAACAACCACACCUGAAACCACAACAACCACUAAGCCCACGACAACCACACCUGAAACUACAACCACUAAGCCCACGACAACCACACCUGAAACCACAACAACCACUAAGCCCACAACAACAAGUCAGACAAGCACAACAACAAUUGUCAAAACAACUGCGGUAGAAGGAUGUCCACCUAGAAAGACCAAUGAAACAUGGAUAAUUAACAACUGCACAGUGGCCACCUGCCAUGGUAACAAUGUUAUCACUAUCGAACCAGUGACUUGCCCCGAACUAAAACCACUGACUUGUGCUAAUGGAUUCCCACCUCUGAAAAAGAAGAGCGCAGACGGCUGCUGUGACUAUUAUGAUUGUCAAUGUGUUUGCAGCGGCUGGGGUGAUCCUCAUUACAUCACCUUUGAUGGAGUCUAUUACACUUUCCUGGACAACUGCACUUAUGUUCUUGUGCAGCAAAUCACUCCCAAGUAUGAUAACUUCCGCGUUCUUGUUGACAACUACUUCUGUGAUGCUGAAGAUGGCUUGUCCUGUCCGCAGUCUAUCUUGAUCUACUAUAAAUCCAAUGAGAUUGUGUUGACCCGUAUGCUGUACCAAGGAAGAAUGAAUAACAGGAUUAGGUUCAACAACAACUGGAUCACACCAGGAUUUACCAAAGACGGCAUUACCAUUACUAGCGCUGGUAUCAACAUGAUUGUGGAAAUCCCAGAAAUUGAUGCUUACAUCUCAUUUAGUGGAAUGAUCUUUGUAGUUAAACUGCCAUUAAGUAAAUUUGGUCACAACACAGAAGGACAGUGUGGUUACUGCUCCAACAACAGCACUGAAGACUGUAGAAUGCCAAGUGGUAAGACCGUGAAAGACUGCUCCCAGAUGGCUCCUCACUGGAAGGUGAACGUGACAGACAAGCCAUACUGCAAUGUGCCACCCCCUCCAUCACCUACAGUGCCUACAGGGCCCACAACGCCACCACCAGCAUGCCCACCUUCACCUCUUUGUGAUGUGAUCUUAAGCGAGGUGUUUGCUGACUGCCACAAAAUCAUACCUCCAAAGCCUUACCACGAAGGAUGCGUUUUUGAUGCCUGCCGCAUUAGCAAUAAUUCAGUGCAGUGUUCCAGCUUAGAGAUUUAUGCUUCCUUGUGCAUUUCCAGUGGAAUCUGUGUGGACUGGAGAGGAAAAACUUUUGGCCACUGCCCAUACACCUGCCCUGCUGGGAAGGUAUACAAUGCUUGUGGACCAGUGCAUGUUAAGACCUGUGAAAACAAAGACAUACAAAACCUCAGCACGGGACAAACUGAAGGGUGCUUCUGCCCUGAUGGAACCACACUCUUCAACUCCUAUACCGAUACCUGUGUUAAGGGUUGCUCUUGCGUUGGACCUGAUGGAAUGCCCAAAAGUCCUUCUGAGACCUGGACAAGUAAUUGCAAGCAGUGCGUCUGUGAACCAAAUUCCCUCACUGUUCAGUGUGAGCCACUGAAAUGCCCGGCACCAGCUGCCAUCACAUGUGAUAAGGAAGGAUUCAUAACUGUGCAGCUACCUAACCCAGACCAACCAUGCUGCCUGCAGAAUGAAUGCCGCUGUAACAAUACCUACUGCAUGGAUAAGGUGAAGAGCUGUCCUCUUGGAUUCGAAACUAUCCCUGUACUUUUGGAGGGUGAUUGCUGCCCAACAUAUGACUGCAAACCAAUGGAAGUCUGUGUUUACCAUGAAACAGUCUAUCAACCUGGAAAAAACAUCACGACAGAGAAAGAAUCAUGUGAGGUCUGUGUGUGCACAGAUGGAAAAGAUGUUCAGACCUUGCUCAACUUGGUCACAUGUGAGCCCUUGGUUUGCAACAAAGAUUGCCCCCAGGGAUUCUCGUACAAAAAGGCAAAGGAUCAAUGCUGCGGUGAAUGUGUACAGGUGGAAUGCACAAUGAAGAUGAAUGAUGAUAAUAUUGUCACUAUAAAGCCUGGUGAUACAUGGUCUUCUCCACUCGACACUUGUACUUACUAUCAGUGCAAUAAAACUGGCGAUCACUUUGUUUUGGCCAGCACAACAAAGGAAUGCUCUAUUUCCAGUGCAGAAGAUUGCCCAGCGGGCACCAAAUACGAUACUGUUGCUGGCGAAUGCUGUGGAAUCUGUGUGUCAGUGGCAUGUUCUAUUAAGCUGAAGGACCAUUCUUCACACAUUCUGCAGCCUGGAGAUACAUGGAGCCCAACUGAUGAACCAUGUGUCCAGUAUGAGUGCCACCAAAUCGAGGAUCAAUUUGUCCCUGUUGAAGUCAGAAGAACCUGUGAUAUGGAAGAAUGUGAUACUGGCUUUGAAUAUGAGUUAACAGCAGGAGAGUGUUGUGGAAAAUGUGUAAAGGUCGCCUGUGUAAUGAAAACAGAGGACAAUACAACGAUAGUCAUGAAGCCUGGAGACGUGUACAAAUCACCAGAAGACAAAUGUCAGUCCCACAUCUGUUCCGAUACCUUUGAAAUCAUAAAUAUAAUGAAGACAUGUCAAGCCUUCAAUAGGUCACAGUGUCUGGAGGGCACUAUCAAGUCUGAUGGCUGUUGCGAGUCUUGCGAGUCUGCUUUAUCAGGAUGUCAGACCCAUAAGCAAGUCAAACAAAUCAAGACUGGCAUUUGUAAAUCUGACCAGACUGUGGAGCUGUCUUACUGUGGAGGAGGCUGUAUGACCACAUCCAUGUACUCUCUUGAGGCAAACACAAUGGAGCACAAAUGUAGCUGUUGUCAGGAAGUAAGGACAAGCAAGCGACAAGUAACUCUCAAUUGUUUGGAUGGAACCAGCUCUGUCUAUACAUACGUCUAUGCAGAAGAGUGCGGCUGUACCAGAACUGCAUGUGAAGCGGAAACUCAGACUUCCAUCUCUCAGGAGCAGCAGCAGCUGGAACAGGAUAAUACUCAACAAACAAUCGACCAGGAGCAACAACAGCAACAAUCCAACUGAACAACAACAUCAAUUAUAGUUAAAUGAAUUAUAGUGAAUCAGAACUUCUUAAAUAUAAACUAUGAGACCUUGCAUUCAAAUGCUCUGAUGAAAACACUCUACCAAUUGGCUCUUUAUGACUCUGCUUUGCUUUGUGACUGCCAAGAUCUCUUCAACGGAGUCUCCAACUGCCACUUCUCUUCAUAUACACUAUGAGACUUCUUACAAUAAGUGGGUUCUUCCCAAGCAAACUGUACUUACUCUUUUAUUUUAAUAUGCUUUUUUAAGAGCCACUGUUCAACCAUUUUCAUUAUAUAAAUUAGGAAAUAGAGUGUCCUGUCAGAUGCUAUAAAUAUUUUGGCAUAUAGUAUUGAUUUAUUAUGCCAUUCAUCUUAUUUGUUAGAUGAACCUUAAAUACAUUAACAUGUUAUAUUAGCUAUUGCAAACUUCAUGUUAGCAGUACUAAAUUUUCAGUGUAGAAGUAGUUUACAUAGAUGGUUAGAUUUAGUAUAGCACACAUAGAAUUUAGUUUACAGUGUUACAUACCGUAGAAUUCCCAUAUUAGAUGUAUAGUAGUUAGGCAGAAAAACCUAAGGUCCACUUAAGCAUUUCAUGUAAUUGGGGUAACUACAGUACAUUGUUGCUGUUAGAAAAUGUGUUUUUGUUUACAAAGCAAUGCUAUUAGUUAAAUCCAGUAACUUUAACUGGAUUUAACUAAUAGGGGAACAUGAAGGAUGUUUUUUUUUUUGUUCUAAAUUUAUUUAACCACAUUGUUUCAGGGAUACUGUAACUAAUUCUGACACGUCUACGGCUACAAGCUCUUAUCUAUUUAUUUGUCUUUUUGGAGAAUUCUAAUAUGUAUCUGAUUUUUCCUCUGUGCCAAUGGAACUAGAGUGUAAUUUGUUUGUUAUUUCAUCACCGGAGUAUUGAAUGUGAUUUGAAUUAAAAAGAAAAAUCUUUUGAGCAUUUUAGAA